CAUGCAAUUAUUUCAGGAAAACCCAACUCGCAGUUGGUGUAGGGUUUUAAACCUCCAAAGAAGGUCGUCAAUAUAAUGUCCCAGCUUCGCUGAAAAUAUUCAUGUGAAAUUCGGGAUCUGGGUUGUAUUGUAUCACAUAGCUGAAAAUAUAGAGUCUGAGAGUGAUCACAAAUAUGAAUAGAGGUGAGGAACAUAAUCUGAUCUUGAGGAUCACGGCUUUCUUACUUUUCCUUGUUUCAUUAAUUAUGAUGUUAAUCAGCAAAAGGAGCUCUGUUACAGUAUCAAUCUCUCUCGGGGAAUAUGGCACAACCUUCCAAUAUCGUUUCAAUGAUUACAAGCCAUUCAGAUAUGUUGUAGCUGUAAAUAUUAUAGCCUGCGCAUAUUCCGUCAUACGAAUUAUAGAAGAACUUACUGGCCUAUCUGGAAGAUUCUACUUUUAUCUAAGCUUAAUCUUCGAUCAGGAAUUGGUUUUGAUGAAACAGCUGAUGGCCUACAUAGUUUUAUCGAGUGCCUCCGCAGGCGUUGGGUGCAUAAUUUUAACAAAAGAAUUGUUUGAUGGUGGAGAUAUAGAUGAUGAAGGCGUGAGAAAGUUUGUGAAGUAUGCAUCAGCCUCAGUGAGUAUACAACUUAUGGGAUUUUUGGUGAUAGCAGGUUGUGCAGUAAUAUCAGGCUCUCCUGUUAUACGCCUUUAUAAGCUAUUAAUAGUUUGGGUGCCCAGGAGGUCCGUGCUACCAAUAGUGAUCUUUAGCAGUAAGGCGGUGCUUGGCAGGGACAAUUUUGUAUUAACUUAACAAUGAAAAAGCAUGAGAUUUUAGCCAUGUUGUAAAACCUAAAUAUCGCUUUUAGCUCUAAUCUUGGAGAGGAUAGGAACCUUAUCCUCCUGAAAAUGAUGUUCGAUAAUACACUUUUAAGGCAUAUAUGUAAAUAUUGUAGGCCAAAGUUUGGUAAGAGUGGUGUGAUGUAGUUGUGUGGAAAUUGAAAUACAAUGUUUCCCCAAGAUUAACAAUUGCUUUGGCUGUGUCGGUUAAUUGAUAAA